AUGUAUUCCAAGCAGAUUUUUCAGCAGCUGCUUGUUGCAGUUGCAAUGCUCUCCGUGGCACAGUCAACCUGGCUGGAUACGAACCGAUUUGAUAUUAAAGCCAUCGCUAAACGACAACUCGGUGACCUUACAGGGGGAGAUUCCGGCAGCAAGACGACCCAGGGCACAGCUACCGGAGGUAGUACGCCUAACUCAUCGAGCUCUUCAUCUAGCUCAUCAUCCUCUACGCCGUCUACCACUCCCUCGAGCACCACUGAUUCCAGCACGCCUUCAUCUACCCCAGCUAGCACCACAUCUACCACCCCCGAAUCCAGCUCCUCUUCAACCCCCGCGAGCACCACUUCUACCCCAGAACAGACCUCAACUACCCCCAAGACGACUCCUUCGAGCACACCAACUGCCGUUGUUUCAACUACUGUUCAUGUGGUCACGAUGACCAAUACUGAUGGAUCCAAGACGACGGUUUCAAGCACAUCAAGAACGACGACCACACCGGGACUGUCUUCCCCAGACGGUGAGACCUCUGGCAUGUCCACCAAGACUCGAAAUACCGUUAUUGGUGUCGUUGUUGGUGUUGGCGGAGCUAUUGUUCUUGGAGCUCUUGGAUUGGUGGCCUGGCGAAUCUGGGGACGUAAGAAGCACAACGAGGAGAAUGAUGGGCUCAUGGACUACGAUAUGUCGACAACUGGAGGUGUGGAGAAGUCUGAGCGAGGCAGUAGUGCUGGCGGCACUCAUCCUCAACGCACCCCCUUCCAGUCGACCUUGGAGAACUACCAUCAACCUGGACAAGUCAAUGCGUCGUCCAACUUUUAA